AUGGUAUUGGGAUUUCUCAAACGGAAAGGAACUGGAAAUGUUGACUCUAGCGACUCAAGCCAAGUUUUUGACCAAGGGUCGCAAACUUCGAAUGCCACAACGGCAACCAGCACUGUACUGGAAAAAGUCCCUAAAUUAACAAAAAGAAAAACACCAUUUGAAAACCCUAUUAAUCCCAUAAAGCCACCAGAAUUUAAUCUAACUGCAGAGCAGCAAAAGCUUUAUGAUCAGUUGCUUGAGUAUUACCAAGAUUAUAUAACCAAGGAGAUCCCAAUUAACGACUCGCACAAUGCACCUAAACACCCGCUUACCGAAGACGAACUCGUAUGGCUAACAAAGGAAUGCUUUUUGAGAUAUUUACGUGCAAGCAAAUGGAAAUUGGAGACUGCAAAAACUAGAAUUCAUGAUACUCUAGUAUGGAGGCGAACUUUUGGCGUGGUUGAUAUUCCCAAUGUAACUGAUUCCAAAAAGCUCAUCACGGCUGACUUGGUGGCACCCGAAAAUGAAACUGGGAAACAGUUGAUUGUUGGCUAUGAUAAUGACAACCGACCAUGUCUUUAUUUGAGAAACGGGUACCAGAACACUUCUGGUGGGUUGAGACAGGUGCAACACUUGGUGUUUAUGCUUGAACGCGUAAUUCAGUAUAUGCCACCAGGUCAAGAUAGUCUUGCAUUGCUUAUUGAUUUUAAGGCAGCCCCGGCUGAAAUGAAACUAUCAUCCAAAUUUCCUUCGUUAUCUACAUCGCAGCAAUGUCUUCAUAUUUUGCAAAGUCAUUAUCCGGAAAGAUUAGGAAGAGGUCUUUUUACAAAUAUUCCAUUGAUUGGACAAGCAUUUUUUAAAUUGGUAGGGCCCUUUAUUGAUCCAUACACAAGACUGAAGACUAUAUAUGAUCAACCAUUUGCAAACUUUGUUCCCGCGGAGCAGUUGGACAAGGAGUUCCAAGGGUUGAUGGACUUUGAAUAUGACCAUGAAGUUUAUUGGCCAACAAUGAAUGAGAUUGCAGAAAAGAAGCACAAAUUGUAUAUGGAAAACUUUAGAAAAUACGGGUCAAGAAUUGGGUUGAGCGAAUAUGAUUUAAGACAGGAGCUGAAGGGGGCGGUGGAGGGUACAGAUGUCGCUGCUUGA